AUGCUUUUCAUAGUUUUAUUUAUUCUGAGUAGGUCAACCGCAAGCGGUCAGACUUUCCGCGACAUCGAAAAUAAUACAGAAAUCAGAAAUGAAACAACAACAGAAGUUCUGGGUCUUGAGGCCGGUGAUUUUCCGGUCAAACCGCCCGGUCAGGAUUCAGAGAAAAUAGAUUCUACUCCAAUACAAGCAAACGUAAACAGAGACCAAAUCCCGGAUCUAGGCGAAUUUAUUAGAAAUCUAGUAGAUACCAGAUUUGAGGAGAAGACAACCUUUGUUACCAUUGUUUAUAUUGGGGAUGUUCCACAAAUGGUCGGAGAUUUUAAUGCAGUACACUUCCAGGAUAUGAAAUCUUUGCUUGGAGCCAAUUUAAAGACCUUAAACGCUUCUAUGGUUGGAUUUACUGGGAUCUAUGGAGAUCUGUCUGUUCAAGAUAUUUUUGAUCUCAAAGAGCAUUUCAGAUAUUCGCUAAAGAGUUUUAUGUUUCUAACAAUAAGCAAAACAAAAGCUGAUGCAUAUGACGACGACAAUCUUACAAGUCUUGAGCAAG